ACUGAAGUCCUCGUGACGCUACCGACUGUCUUGAGACUCUCUCAACUGUCACUGUCCUAGUUAGACAAGAAGUCAGGUGUGCCGCUAUUAUGAAGCACUCGUCGGUAUCCUAUCAAUAAUAGCCUACCAUGCGAUGCCAUCUGCGGUUGCUUCGUUAGUUAUCAAUGUGACACUAAAGUGGAUCGUUUAACAGCUAUGGAGAAGUGAAACUUGGUCAUCGUGUGUACGUUGACACACCUUAUUCAUUCUGUCGUAGUAACUUAUGUCGUAUGGAGAAGUGAAACUUGGUCGACGUGUAACGUUAAGUUAACUAACCCUAUUCAUUCUGUCGUAUCAAACUUCUUCAGUGUACAGUAUAACUUAAACAGUUAUCUGUCUAUCAGUCUAUCUUAAUUGAUUGUAGGACGACGGUGUACAAGACAAACCCCGCGGUAAGACCGCCGAAGACAUGGCGAGAACCGCUGAACUCGCCCAGAAUGGACAUGUAAGACAUGCACUGAACCAAAACAACGUGAAAAAUAUUGCAACAACGAAAAAUGGAUUUCACAAUAAAGUUGUGAAAAAUGGCACCAGCACAGGCCCACGACCUCAGCGGCGAGGAGAGGAUUCCUUUGAACAGGCGCCCAUGCAUGUGGCCGUCCUAACCUACAUAGGAUUCGGGAUAGUCACCUUGUUUGGCUACUUUAGAGACUUUCUGCGGGCAGUUGGGCUGGAGAAAUGCCAUGUUGCUCAGGAGCGGGAUGAACAAAAGGACUUUGUUCCCCUUUACCAAGAUUUUGAGAACUUUUACACCCGUAAUCUAUACAUGAGAGUACGUGACAACUGGAACCGGCCCAUCUGCAGCGUGCCCGGUCCCGUGUUUGACCUCAUGGAGAGGGUAACCGAUGACUACAACUGGACCUAUCGGCUGACAGGAAAGACCAUAAAGAAUGUGAUAAACAUGGGGUCCUACAACUACCUGGGCUUUGCCGAGAACAAUGCUGACUUCUUGCAGACUGUGGCGGAUAAGCUGAGCAAGUACGGGGCGGGAGUCUGCGGCACUAGACAGGAGCUUGGUAACCUGAGUAUACAUGAGGAGCUAGAGCAGCUCGUGGCUGAAUUCCUAGGGGUGGAGUCUUCCCUGACAUUUGGAAUGGGCUUCGCCACAAACUCCAUGAACAUACCUGCGCUUGUGGGCAAGGGUUGCCUUAUCUUGAGUGACGAACUCAACCAUGCGUCUCUUGUCUUGGGAGCCAGGUUGUCGGCAGCUACGAUACGAGUGUUCAAGCACAACAAUAUGCAGAGCCUGGAGAAGCUGCUGAGGGAGGCCGUGAGCUCCGGUCAGCCACGCACACACCGGCCCUGGAAGAAGAUCCUUAUCCUGGUGGAGGGCAUCUACAGUAUGGAGGGCUCGUUGGUGCGUCUGCCUGAGAUCAUUGCCCUGAAAAAGAAGUACAAGGCCUACCUGUUUCUGGACGAGGCCCACAGUAUAGGUGCAGUGGGGCCCUCGGGACGUGGUGUGGUUGAGCACUUCGGAGUGGACCCACGGGAUGUGGACGUGCUCAUGGGAACCUUCACCAAAAGCUUUGGGGCUGCCGGGGGCUAUAUUGCUGGCAAAAAGGAGCUGGUGGACUACCUGCGUACCUACUCCCACAGUGCUGUCUACGGCUCCGCCAUGUCCCCGCCAAUCACUGAGCAAAUCAUCAGAGCCAUGAAGUGCAUCAUGGGAGCAGAUGGGACCAAAGAGGGGCACCAGAGAGUGCAGCAGCUGGUGGAGAACGUCAGGUACUUCAGGUCGCGUCUGCAGGAGAUGGGCUUCAUCAUUUAUGGCAACGUGGACUCUCCUGUGAUCCCUCUGCUGCUCUACCUACCAGGGAAAGUCGUGGCUUUCUCUCGAACCAUGCUGCAGAAGAACAUUGGCGUGGUGGUGGUAGGAUUCCCAGCCACGCCAAUCACUGAGGCCCGGGCACGCUUCUGUGUGUCGGCUGCCCAUACCCGACCCAUGCUGGACAAGGUGCUACAGGCGCUGAACGAAACCGGUGAUCUGCUUCGGGUGAAGUUCUCCCGCCACAGGCCCUCGUUGCGGCCAGCGCUCUACGACGAAACAGACUAUGAGCUGGAUAGCUGAUACGACGCAGAAACCUUUCAGCGACCUGCACAGAGAGCUCUAGUCCUGAGGGACAGUCCAUAUGAAGUUCAUAGUCCUCCAUUUUGGGAGGAACUGGGAUCCGUGUGCUCCUAUUACUACAGGGCUCUUUCUUAGUUUGAACGACUGCUUCUCAGUCCCCCAGAAGAGACAGGACUCUAUCCCACCAGGCCUCAGUGGCGGUGGCUUUAGGAAAUGAGACACUCCUAACUGUGGACACUCAUAAUAAUGUUCUUCAGGCUCCUGUCUUUUAUGUCGCCCAUAAUCAUGAUCGAAAUCUGCGGCCGCUGGGACCAGCGCUGUCAUAAAGGGGAAGCUGAAGAUGAAGGAAUAUGAAAGACCUUCAAAAAGCUGCUGCAGAUUAAACAGAAAAAACAGACAGAGCAAUAGAUUACAAACAGAACCAGACAAUUAACUCUCCAUCGCUGACCUACAUCACUAGUCCAAGAGAAGAUUGCGGAGCCCUUGAAGUGGUCGUUUUUCUCAACAGCUUUUUUUGCAGUGUCGGGAGAACGACCACCAUGGAGAGCACACAGUUAUGAGUUUGGAUGAUUGAGAGAGCGUAAGCAGGAGACAUGUUUUUUUGUUGAGAUUUACGCCACCAAUGGAAAAAGUUUCAUCUCAGCUGUGGUUAUUUUGAUGUUAUUUGUGAUCUACACGUUUGUCAGACUUCCCACACACACUAAUGCAUUACCACAAUUACCCAUUUCAGAACGUUCUGUGAUGAACUGGUGCCUAUAAA